CUGGUCCAAAUGUCUACACAAGGCCCUGGGUUUGGAGCUAAGCGUUAUUUUUGUUGGGGUGCUGGGACAUGACCUUUGGAGACAGGUUGCUGGAACCUAGCUUAAACCCGGCACCGGCCCCUGGCAUGCGUGAUAUAUUCACACUGAAGUACUCACACUAAACAGUAUAAAAAUAUCUAGGUGUAGCCAGGGCCGAAUGUAACCACAUUUUUCCUGAGAAUAAACGAUGAUGUAGGAAAGUAUUCCCCUUCAGUUGUAUUUCCACGCUUCACCACUAGAGUAUUCACAUAUUCACAAUUCAUGAUAAUUGACCUCUGUGACAUCACAGUGCACCGCUCUCGACUGAGGGCUUAAAAGAACCGAACCGACCGAACAGCAGGUUGCAGAUGACAGCAAGAAUCACACCAUACAAGAUCACAUCCUAAGCCAAGUGAAGUUUGAGUGUUCUGAGUCCUACACCGUGUUUUUACUGACACGCUGGGGCGAGUACAAUCUCCUAAUCAGUGUACACCAGAUAGUAAACUUCCUUACUUUUGGCCCUUCGAGCUAGAUAGUAAACUUCCUAACAAUUACGACUUAUUAUUUCAUAAUCUCAAAUAGAUCUUAUAUGCAAAUGAUCAUGAUACAGGAACAGGAAAAAUAUGCAAAUCUUGUAAAGACCUUUUAUGUGUGCCAAAGGUCACAAAGCUGCGAAUGAGAGGAUUUUUGUGGAAGGAUCUGGCAUCCCAUGACUAAAGACAACAUGGCACUGUACAUGAGAGUGCUAGAGCUUUUCAGGAGAACCUCAUGGAGAAUGUUUUCUUCUUCUUCUUCGUCUGGAGUUCGGCUGCGCAUCCUGCCGAGCAGCAGCUGCUUCUUCGAUGAAUCUGUUCAGAUCAAAGUGAGCGGGUUGUCUCCUGGAGAACAUGUGGAGCUUCAGGCCAAACACAAGGACGACAAAGGGGUUGUUUUCAAAGCCAGUGCAACAUACCAAGCAGACGGGCAAGGAGACGUGGAUCUGAACCAUCAUCCGUCAAGGGGUGGAUCCUACACAGGUGUGGAGCCCAUGGGCUUGUUCUGGUCCAUGAUGCCAGAAAGUCCUCACAAGAAGCUGCUCAAGAAAGACGCCUCAGGCCCUGUUCUCGUCCACAUUGAGGCCCACAGAGACGGCCAGAUCCUCAGUCAAGAGACUAAUGAACGCCGGUUUAUGGCUGAUGGAAUGAAGAGGGUUCCUGUAAAUGAGGGAAGGUUACGGGGAACUCUCUUCAUACCACCAGGUCAGCCCGUUCCUGGAAUUAUAGACCUGUAUACGUUAGGAGGCAGCAUAUGUGAGCCACGAGCAGCUCUACUGGCAAACAAAGGGUUUGUGGUGUUCGCUCUGGCUUUCUAUGGCUACCAGGACAUGCCCAAAACAGUGGAUACUCUCCAUCUGGAAUACUUUGAGGAAGGGUUAAAGUUUCUGCAGGAGCAGCCUAAGGUGAAAAAAUCUGGAAUUGGAAUCAUCUCAAUAUCCAAAAGUGGAGAUCUGGCGUUAUCCAUGGCCUCCUUCCUUCCCAACAUCGCAGCCACCGUCUGCAUCAACACCUGCAACGCCAACGUGAUGUUUCCGCUCCAUUACAAAAACACAGUGAUCCCGGGUUUCGUCGGCAACAUCAAGAGAAUCAAAGUAACCAAAUCCGGUAUUUUGAAUAUACGAGAUAUUCUGAAUGACCCGAUGGAGAAGGAGGAGACCCGUGCCACGGUCAUCCCUAUCGAGCGUGCCGGAUGCAGGUUCCUCUUCAUAGUGUCAGGAGACGACAGGAACUGGAACAGCGCCUUUUUUGCAGAACAAGCUUGCAGCAGACUAGCAGCGCAUGGAAAAGCCAACUACGACCUGGUGACCUAUCCCACCGCGGGGCACUUUAUGGAGGUCCCCUACAUGCCCCAUCACCCGUCAGGUCUCCACGCCGCCGUCAAUCAAGUGGUCGCUUUUGGAGGAGAUCCGAAAGCUCACGCACAUGCACAGGUGGAUGCGUGGACGAAGGUUCAAGUGUUCUUCAAAUCAAAUCUGUAACUUACUGAUAUCUAGUCAUAUCUCCAGCAAAUACACUUCACUUCAGCUGUUAUAGAAAAUAAACCAGUCAUAUCAUCCUAUAACACCAUGAAGUGUUUUAUUCCUCUUCUGCACCUCUAAACAUUCACUUUAUUAGAUGAAUAAUAGAUAUAUGAUUUGAAACCACACUAUUGUCUGAGCUGCUGUUUGAGAAAAUCAAUCGUCCAAUCAGAACGCAGGAUUCUGCUAUUCUGUAGUGAACUAAUAAACACCAUGUGUUUUGUUCUAAAAAUAUUUUUUUAAUAAAGAUACAUGUUAUAAACCUG